AUGGCUGAAAACAAAUUUUUUCCUGAUUCCUUCAACGCGGCGGAAGAAUGGCGGAGGCUGUUAGGAGAAGACAUGAUGUGGGGACAAAUUAUCCCCCAUUCCCUACCUCCACCACCUACAAGUGUCUUCCAAGAGCAGGCAGAGUUUACUCAUGUCAUAGAAUUUGAGAUGGAGGAGGACACGGCCGGAGAAGGAGAUGACGAUGAUUUGGAGGGGUAUUCUUGGCAAUGUGCGUCGGAAAUUCUUUGCCCCGACGAUGUGUUUGAUGAACCCCUUCCUUCAGUGCCGUCACCCGUUCCAGUUGCUUUACCUGUUCCGUCACCCGUUUGUUUGCCUCCGAUGUCACCAUUAGCUCUCCCCACCGUACCAGCCACAAUCGGCCAACAUAUGUACGGGCACGUAGGGUUCUACGUGCGCACAGUGUUAUGUUUUAUUAUCCAAUCAAAUUGUUAUGGAUGUGAGGUGGAUCAUCCAUCUCAAAGGCAGCAUAGCUGCCUGAUGGAUGAUCCACAGGAUCAAUUUAACAUGUAAAUGUAUAUUGAAGAAAUGUUAGAAAAACUUCGCAAGGAUAGCGAUGUCCUUGUGUGUCACUGGCUUGAAAAAGUCAGUACUAUUGACGCACUAAACAAAGGUAUCCUUGCGAAGAUUCUGCGGUCGCAGAACUUAUUGAAUUUUUAUUUUUUACAUUAACUACGGAAGAGGGCAUGGA